GGGGCAGCGCGUCCCCCUCCGCGCGUCCGGGCGGGGGGGAUCUCGGGGUCCCGAUGAGCCGGGGAGCGGGCGCGCUGCAGCGCCGGACCACCACCUACUUCAUCUCUCUAACCCUGGUCAAACUCGAGUCCGUGCCGCCGCCGCCGCCGCCGUCCCCCGGCCAGCCCGGCCAGCCCGGCCAGCCCGGCCAGCCCGCAGGGUCCGCAGGCUCCGCAGGGGGCCCCUCCGCGGCGGGGAAGGCCGGGGCCGCGGACGAGACCGUCAAGAAGCGCCUGUUCCAUCGGCAGGAUGCGCUGUGGAUCAGCACCAGCGGGGCCGGGGCCGGGGCGGGGGCCGGGACCGGGGCGGGGGCCGGGACCGGGGCCGAGCCCCCUCCCCUGACCCCCGCCCCCGUCCGGCCAGCCCGUUCUGCGCCCCCCGCCCCCGGUCCCGGCCCCGGCCCGGCCCGGCGCCUCUCCCUGUGGGCCGCGCCGCCCGGGCCCCCGCCGGGCGGCGGGCUGACCCCGGACCCCCGGCCCGGCGCGGCCGCCGGCCCCGGCCCGGCCCGGCGCCCCUUGCUGAGCAGCCCGAGCUGGGGAGGCCCGGGGGGGGGCCGGGCCCGGGCCGGGGCCGGGGCCGGGGGCGGCGGGAUCCCGGGCUCGUCCUCCCCGCACCCGGGCACCGGCAGCCGCCGCCUCAAGGUGGCGCCGCCGCCGCCGCCGCCGCCGCCGCCGCCGCUGCCACCGCCGCCGCCGCCGCCGCCCGCCCCGAAGCCGUGCAGGACCGUGACCACCAGCGGAGCCCGGGCCGGAGGGCCGAAGGGGGCCGCCAGCCGCUUGUCAUGGCCCGACGGCGAGGGCAAAGCCAGGGCCCGGGACCCGAAGGCCACGGCGGGGGCCGCGGGGCCCGGACCGGCCGGACCGGCCGGACCGGCCGGACCCGGGCCCAGGGUCAAGCUGUCGCCCCGCAAAGGCAAGAGCAAAACGCUGGACAAUAGUGACCUGCACCCGGGGCCGCCGCUGCAACCCUCGCCGCAGCCCCAGCCGCCGCCGCCGCCGCCGCCCCCGCCGCCCGCCGCCUCCACGCCGCCCGCCGGGCCCGCGCCGCCUACCACUCUGGAGCCUUCGGGACCGGGGCUGAAGCGGGGCCGCGAGGGGGGACGGGCUUCCACGCGCGACCGCAAAAUGCUCAAGUUCAUCAGUGGCAUCUUCGCCAAGAGCACCGGCGCGCCCCCCGGCCCGGGCCCCAGCCCCGGCCCCGGCCCCGGGCCUCCCGAGCUGCGCGUCUCCCCCAGCGAGUUACUGGGGAGCGUCUCCCCCAAGGCUGUCCUCAACAGUCCGGAAUGGACCCUGAGCCGCUCCGUCCAGGACCUGCGGUUGGGAGUGUUGGGCGAUGCUCGAAGUGGAAAGUCGGCUCUCGUCCACCGCUUCCUGACCGGCUCCUACCAGGCACUGGAGAAAACAGAAAGCGAACAGCACAAGAAGGAGAUGCUGGUGGAAGGCCAGAGUUACCUACUGCUGAUCCGGGAGGAGGGGGCCGCGCCAGACGCCAAGUUCUCAGGCUGGGCCGACGCCGUGAUCUUCGUCUUCAGCCUGGAAGAUGAAAAGAGCUUCCAGGCCGUGGGGCAGCUGCACCGGCAGCUGACCGCCCUUCGGGGGGAAAGCCGAGGGGGGCCCGGCCUGGCUCUGGCCCUGGUGGGGACGCAAGACAGGAUCAGCGCCUCGUCCCCUCGCGUGGUGGCGGACGCCCGGGCCCGCGCCCUCUGCGGCGACAUGAAACGCUGUAGCUACUACGAGACGUGCGCUACCUACGGGCUCAACGUAGAAAGGGUCUUCCAGGAAGUGGCGCAGAAAGUCGUAACUCUGCGGAAGCAGCAGCAGCUCCUGGCAGCCUGCAAGUCUCUGCCGAGCUCCCCGAGCCACACGGCCCCCGUGUCCCCGCUCGGGGCGGGCCAGGCCAGCGACGGCGGCCACACGAGCGAUUACUCGUCCUCCCUCCCGUCCUCUCCGAACGUGGGCCACCGAGAGCUAAGGGCCGAGGCGGCGGCGGUGGCGGCGGCGGCGGCGGCGGCGGCCGGGCUGAGCACCCCGGGGUCCCUGCACCGAGCCGCCAAGAGACGCACUAGCCUCUUCACGAACCGCCGGGGCAGCGACUCGGAGAAGCGAAGCCUGGACAGUCGCGGAGAGACGGCGGGCGGCGGGCGGGCCAUCCCCAUCAAACAGAGCUUCCUGCUGAAGCGGAGCGGGAACUCUCUGAACAAGGAGUGGAAGAAGAAAUACGUGACGCUGUCCAGCAACGGCUACCUGCUCUAUCACCCCAGCGUCCAUGACUACAUCCAUGGCGUCCACGGCAAGGAGAUGGAUCUGCUCCGGACAACGGUCAAGGUCCCCGGCAAGCGGCCACCGAGGGCCAUCUCGGCCUUUGGCCCCUCGGCCAGCAUCAACGGGCUCGUCAAGGAUGUGGGGUCCAGCCCGGCGGCCGAAGGGAGCGGUCUUCCCCCAGCUGAGCCGCCCACGCCCACGCCCACGCCCACGCCCAGCCCCAGCACCCUACAGCCGCCCCCGGAUCCAGCCUCCAAGCACUUCCUGAAGCCAGAUCGGAACCUGGCACGAGCCCUGAGCACCGACUGCACUCCGUCGGGGGGCCUCAGCCCGCCAAGCCGGGACCCCCCACCCUCGCCUCUGGGGAAGAAGCAGCGGAGAAAGAAGCUGACCACUCCGUCCCGGACCGAGGGGUCCUCCGGACAGGCGGCGGAAGCCAAGCGCAAAAUGUGGAAACUAAAAUCCUUUGGUAGUUUAAGAAAUAUUUAUAAAGCAGAGGAGAAUUUUGAGUUCCUGAUUGUGUCGAGCACCGGACAGACGUGGCACUUCGAGGCGAGCAGUUUCGAGGAGCGCGACGCCUGGGUUCAGGCCAUCGAGAGCCAGAUCCUGGCCAGCCUGCAGGGCUGCGAGAGCAGCAAGGUCAAGCUGCGCACGGACAGCCAGAGCGAAGCCGUGGCCAUCCAGGCCAUCCGGAACGCCAAGGGGAACUCGACCUGCGUGGACUGCGGGGCUGCCAACCCCACGUGGGCCAGCCUGAACCUGGGGGCGCUGAUCUGCAUCGAGUGCUCGGGCAUCCACCGCAACCUCGGCACCCACCUGUCGCGCGUCCGCUCGCUGGACCUCGACGACUGGCCGAGGGAGCUGACCCUGGUGCUCACCGCCGUGGGCAACGACAUGGCCAACCGCGUCUGGGAGGGCCGCACGCAGGGCCGGGCCAAGCCCACGCAGGACUCGUCCCGGCAGGAGCGCGAGUCGUGGAUCCGCGCCAAGUACGAGCAGCUGCUGUUCCUGGCGCCGCUGAGCGGGCCGGCCGAGCCGCUGGGGCCCCGCCUGCGGGCCGCCGUGCAGGCGCAGGACGUGGCCGCGGUGCUGCUGCUGCUCGCCCACGCCCGGCACGGGGCCCUGGAGCCCGCCGCCGCCCCCGCCGCCGCCGACGGGGACCCGCAGCGUCGGUCCCCGCUGCACCUGGCCGCCGAGCUCGCCCACGUGGUCAUCACGCAGCUGCUGGUCUGGAACGGCGCGGACGUGUCGGCGCGGGACGCCCGGGGCCGCACGGCGCUGUGGUACGCCCGGCAGGCGGGGAGCCGCCUCUGCGCCGACAUCCUGCUGCAGCACGGCUGCCCCGGGGAAGGGGCCAGCGCCGGCCCCUCGCCCGCCUCCAGCCCCCCGCGGCCGGGGCCCCGCAAGAGCAGCAGCGCCAGCCUGGGCCGCCCGGACGCCCCCGUUGCCCUGGUAUAGCCGGCCGCCUGGGCCGGCCUGCAGGGAGGGCGGGGGGCUGGGACCCCCACUCACCGGGCACGGACUGCCGGGCCUGCCUCAGCGGGCACAGGUCCACUCCCUCACUCUGGGCACAGGUCCACUCCCUCACUCUGGGCACAGAUCCUCUCCCUCACUCUGGGCACAGACCCCUCUCCCGCGGCCCCCCCGCCCCUCACCGGGCACACCCUUCCCUCUCACCCUCCCUACUCACAGACACUUGUUCCUCUCCCCCGCGCCCCUCCCCACCCCGACACCACUCCCCAGGGUUCCCCUCUGCUCUUGAUUUGUAUUUGGGGAGGAGGGGUCUCCCCCCCCCCACCGAGCCUUCCGAGAGGCUGAGGUCCGGUCUCACCCGAGGCAGAUCACGACACGUGCCCCAAAAGGGUGCGGGGCGGGGGGGUCGGCAGGGACCCUCCCUCGGUCCAUCAGUCCACACUGACUGUCCGUUCUUGACCCCGGCGGGCCCAGGGCCUCUUGGAGGGAUGUCGACGGUGCAGACCCUUUCUGUGAAAGGGAUCGGGGCCCCCCACCCCAAGCUCUGGACGCGUGAAGGAGUGGUGGGGGUUUAGAGUUGCGAUGUGGGGGCGGAGGGGGGCUGGUCACUCAUACCCUAAUCCCUUCACACCCCCACCCCAUUGGUGUCAGUGGUUUGGGCUAAAAUUCAGAUGACA